AUGGGCAAAGUGUUUGAGUUCCUGAGAACAACCUGCCAGUCAGUCCUGGCUACAUCAGAGCCAUUCCCAGCAGAACCUGUUGAGAUGAAGGAAGAAGACAGCAACAUGACGAGGAAGAGGGAACAGCGAAGAGAACGCUUCAGUGCCUGGGGCCACUCUCACGGCCUGGUUGGUUUACACAACCUUGGACAGACCUGCUGCCUUAACUCUCUGAUUCAGGUGUUUGUAAUGAACAUGGGCUUCACCAAGAUAUUGAAGAGGAUAACAGUGCCCAGGGGAGCGGAAGAGCAGAAGAGAAGCGUCCCCUUCCAGUUGCUUUUGCUGCUAGAGAAGAUGCAGGACAGCCGGAGGGAAGCAGUACGGCCCCUGGAGCUAGUCUACUGCCUCCAGAAAUACAAAGUGCCAUUGUUUGUCCAGCAUGAUGCUGCUCAACUCUACCUCACAAUCUGGAACCUGAUUAAGACCCAAAUCACUGAUGUGGACUUGGUGGAAAGGCUGCAGGCCCUUUAUACUAUCCAGAUGAAGGAGUCCUUCAUUUGCCUUGAUUGUUCCAUGGAGAAUAGCAGAAACAGUAAAAUGCUGACCCUUCCCCUUUCUCUUUUUGAUAUAGACGCAAAGCCCCUGAAAACACUGGAGGAUGCCCUGCAGUAUUUCUCUCAGCCCAGAGAGUUAUUAGGCAAAAGCAAGUGCUUCUGUGAGAACUGUGGGAAGAGCACCCAUGGGAAACAGGUCUGGAAGCUGACCCAUUUGCCCCAGACCUUGACAAUCCACCUCAAGCGGUUCUCCAUCAGGAACUUGCAGACAGAAAAGAUCUGCCACUCACUGUGUUUUCCUCAGAGCUUGGAUUUCAAUCAGGUCUUUUCAAUUGAGCAAGACCUUUGCAAUACUGAGGACCAGUCUGAAGGGCAGUAUGAGCUCUUUGCUGUGAUUGCCCACACGGGAAUGGCUGACUUUGGUCAUUACUGUGCCUAUAUCCGGAAUUCUGUGGACGGCAGAUGGUUCUGCUUCAACGACUCCAGUGUUUGUUUGGUGUCCUGGGAAGAUGUCCGGUGUACGUAUGGGAAUCAUAACUACCGCUGGAGAGAAACUGCUUAUCUUCUGGUUUAUAUGAAGAUGGAGUCCUAG